UUAGUGGAAUAGGGAGAUGGGAGAUGCUUAUUUAUCGUUCGUUAACGCAUAUAAUCAUCGGUUUUGCUCCGUUUGAGGUUAGAUCUCCUAUUUAAGUGCAUCAUUUCUCUAGUCCUACCGUAUGCGUGCGUCCUUAAUCGUGGACUAUUGGACCUCACCUUUUCAUGCAGGUCUUCGACUCCCGUGCACAGGCACGCACGCUCAGGCCACGGUCGCCACCGCCACACAUCUCACCUUCGACUUGAGGUGACCAUGUCAGACGACGAUUGUUCGACUCCAUAUGACCCUCAUAAUAUGUUCAACCGGAACGAUGGAUGUCGACGGACGUCAGAAGUACGGAUUUAUUCACUGCAGGAGCUGUUGCUAGCGAGAAGUUUCCGCGUCGGCUUCCAAUCACAGGUUCAUUUCUAUUCUGUCCGCUUUUCAACCUCCCAUCUUAUUCGCGUGGACAACGGAACACGGUGACUGCUACGAACCGUAUACUCACACUUUCAC